AGCUUCCAUCAGGAUUUGAAGAUCUGCAUCAGGAAUCUGUUGCCCAAUCUUUUGCAAUCCAAUCCUUAGCUCUUCAAGGUUUAUUUUCCCUCUAUUCCCAGUGUCCAACAUUGUAAAAGCAUCUUUUAUGCCAGCAACUAUUGGAGAGUAUCACGGAGUUAGAACAGCAAAUUUUGCUGCCCUGAGAAAUCAAUGAUGACAGACAAUGACCAAGCCAAGAAAGGAUCUGGGGGAGCAAGGGGAGACAAGGCUGCCCUCAAGACAACAGAUCUGGACUCACCUUAUUAUCUUCAUCCCAGUGAUGAUCCUGGCAGGGUUCUAGUCACAUCUCCUUUAACAGGAGAAAACUUCCAUACAUGGAGGAGAGCGAUGCAGAAUGCUCUAUAUGCAAAGAACAAAAUGGGUGUGGCCUAUGCGGAGAGUGCAGCAGAGGUCUGGGAAGAUUUGAAGGAACGUUUCUCACAAGGAAACACAUCCCGGAUUUAUGAACUAAAGCUCGAGCUCGCAACAACCACUCAACAAACAAGAUCUGUAGCAGCUUAUUUCACAAAAUUGAAACCCAUUUGGGAUGAGUUGCAGGCUCAUGAACCUGUGCCAACAUGUACUUGUGGCUGCACUUGUGGUGCAACAAAGGAGUUUACAAGGGCACGAGAGACUGAGAAGGUUCAUCAAUUUCUCAUGGGCUUGAAUGAGAAUUUUUCUACCAUGCGCUCACAGAUCUUGAAUAUGGAACCAUUACCAUCUCUCAACAAGGUUUACUCAAUGGCCACAAAAGAAGAAAAACAGCAAAUGGUGUCUGCAUCUAGAAGUCCAGCUAUAGAGGCAACGGCUUUAGCAGCAAAGACAAGUUAUAAUGGAAAGGUGAGCACAUCAGGGAAACCACGCUGUGACCACUGCAAAAGGAUAGGCCACAGAAAGGAAAGAUGCUAUGAAAUAAUAGGCUAUCCAGCGAGUUGGAAACCAGGACAAAUGCAGAUGAGGGGUAAGGGGGAGCAGCAAAAACAUCAGAACACAGAUAAGGAUGUGAUUUUUGCAGCAAAUGCAUCACUUGACCCACAAAUGACUAGAGGUCAAUUGGAUCAAUCGCCAAUUACAGGACUUACCAAGGCGCAGUAUGAUCAACUCCUCACGCUUCUUGGUGGUAAUUCUGAUUCUAAACAAUCUAUCAAUCUUGUUGCCAUAUCCUCUAUAGAUGAGCCUAAAACAUUUUCUCAAGCCAUCAAACAUGAAAAAUGGCGAGAAGCAAUGAGGAAUGAGAUCACUGCACUUGAGAAGAAUGGUACUUGGACAAUUGAGACAUUGCCUCCAGGUAAACGUGCAAUUGAUUCGAAGUGGGUAUACAAGGUUAAAUUCAAACCGGAUGGGACAGUUGAACGGUAUAAAGCCAGGUUGGUGGCCAAAGGCUUCACACAAAUUGAAGGACUGGACUUCCAUGAGACUUUUGCUCCUGUCGCAAAAAUGAUACCACAAGGUUUUGGUUGCAGACAAAACAAUAAAGUUUGCAGAUUGCGCAAGUCUCUAUAUGGUCUGCGGCAAGCCUCAAGAAACUGGUUUGAGAAGUUCACAAAUUCUCUUUUGGCAGCUGGUUUUUGUCAAUCAAAAGUAGAUUACUCUUUAUUCACCUCUACUACUGAUAAUAAGUUUGUUGCAGUUUUGAUCUAUGUAGAUGACAUAGUGAUUACAGGCAAUGAUGGUGAGAAACUUGCAGCUAUUAAGGCUUAUCUACACAAAGAGUUUUCCAUAAAAGAUUUAGGCCCUUUGAAGUACUUCCUUGGUGUUGAGGUCGCUCGAACUGCUGAAGGCAUUGUUUCAAGUCAGCGAAAAUAUGCCCUUGAUAUCCUUACAGAGGCAGGAUUGCUUGGAGCGAAACCCAGCCAUUUUCCCUUGGACCAGAAUCAUCGACUUGCAUUGGCUUCUGGACCGUUGGCACCUGAUCCUUCACACCAUGAAGGUCCUGCGUUACCUCAAGAGAUCACCGGGGCAGGGGAUUUUAUUAUCUUCUUCAAGCAAGUUGCAGCUGGUGGCAUAUUGCGAUGCGAUUGGGCAGGUUGCCCUCGUACACAACGCUCCACCACAGGGUACUAUAUUUGCCUUGGGGGCUCUCCAGUCUCUUCGAAGUCAAAGAAGCAGUCCAUAGUUUCACGCUCCUCUGCUGAAGCAGAGUACAGGGCUAUGGCUUCCACAGUAAGUGAGCUUACUUGGUUAAAAUCUUUGCUUUUCAAUCUCGGCAUAAACCAUUCAAGACCAAUGACUCUCUUCUGUGACAAUCAAGCUGCCUUACACAUUGCAAACAAUCCUGUAUUCCAUGAACGAACUAAACACAUUGAAAUAGAUUGUUAUUUUGUUCGAGAGCAUAUUCAGAAGAAGGAAUUAAUCACAGCUCAUGUAUCCUCUCAUCACCAACCGACGGACCUUUUCACAAAAGCUUUGGGUCGUGAGCGCCUUGCUUUUCUACUAUCCAAGUUGGGCAUUCGAGAUCUUCAUGCACCAACUUGAGGGGGAGUAUUGGAGAGUAUCACGGAGUAGAAUGAGGAAAUCAGGAAAUCAAUUUCUGCACUAUUACUGCAGAGUUAUUUACAGAAUGUAUAUAUUUUUUCCUUGUACAGUAGCGUCUUUCUAGGCUUCAUUAUUGGUACCAGUUUGUAUAUAUGAUUAGCAUCCAUAGUAAUGAAAUUCAAGCAAUUAG